AUGGAUGAUGGAUCGAAGCCUCCAAUGUCCGAUUUCGUCGACUCCUACGGCAUUCCGCGCGAAGCACUCGAGUUCCACUAUUACGACGAGUCUCAGCGUGUCAACUAUAUGCAGGGCAAAGUAUACGCAGAAUGCAGUCAAUUUGGCCAAAACAGCACAUGGAUGGCCUUUAUCGAUACCGACGAGUUUUUCGACGCUCCUGGCCCCGAGACUCUACGUGAGGUUCUUCAGACCUUUGAACCCAUUCAAGCGAUUGGCGCGAUCGGCGUGAGUUGGCGCAUGCACACAUCGAACGGACAGCUCACGCGCGCCGACUCUGUGCUCAAAACGUACACGGAAUGCAUUGAAGAUGAUGACGAGCACGACGGCGAGAACACCGAUAACAAGCAUAUCAAGUCAAUCGUCCGCGUUAAGAAUUUUGAGAGCAUGGCGAAUCCCCACAAGUUCAACUUGAAAUACAAUGCUUUGACCGUAGGAGAACACGGCGACCGGAUAGAUCACUAUGCCUUCCGCAACCCUAUCACGAGAGACAGAUUAUCGUUACAUCACUAUGCCGUGAAGAGCAAGGAGGAGUAUGUUCAGAAGAUGAACCGAGGCAACGGAAUGACAGACCCUAAGGGCUGGGAAUUUUGGAACCACGUGGAACAAGAAAUGGCGCACGUCGACUGCCCCGAGAUGACACGAUGGGUUCACUGA